CUCCCCCGGCUGCUGGAGCUGGCGGCGCAGGCGCGGGGCCGGGCGGGAGGCGGCGCCGGGGAGGCACCAGCCCCGGGGCGGGAGGUCGCUCCCCGGGCGGAGGAAGCGGCCGGGGCCGGAGCCGAGCCCGGCGAUGGCUGCAGCGGGGCCGGCGCAGCUGCGGGUGGCGUUUGAGGACGUGGCUCUGUAUUUCAGCCGGGAGGAGUGGGAGCUCUUGUCCCAGCCAGAGAAGCAGCUGUACCGGAACCAGAUGCUGAGGAAUUACCAGGCCCUCGUUUCCUUGGGUUCUUCAGGUUCCAAACCGGACUUAAUCCACCGGAUCGAGGUAGGGGAGGCAGAGCUCUGGAUCCGGGAUGCUGAGGGCUCCAGGGUAAACUCUGGGCCUGAGAGCCCCUCCUCAGCAGGGCUCAGGAUCCUGGGAGGAACGAGGACACAGUCUGAAUGUGGAGAGAGCACGGCAGGAACGCAGAAUCCCACAGCCCACAGAGGGAUCCAUGCACAGGACACAGUCCAUCCCCGGGGCAGACUCAGGCAGAGACCGGACCUGGCUACGCACCAGAGACUCCCCAUGGGCCGGUGUCCCCAUCGCUGUAUCGACUGCGGCAAGAGGUUCAGCAACCCCUCCGCACUGACGCAGCACCGGUGCGUGCCCACCGGGGAGCAGCCGUAUUGCUGUGCUGACUGCGGCAGAAGAUUCAGAUGGUCCUCGAUCCUGAAAAUACACCAGCGCGCACACACCGGAGAGCGGCCGUAUUGUUGUGCUGACUGUGGCAAGAGUUUUGCAAAGAGCUCAGCCCUGAGAACACACCAGCGCACACACACUGGGGAGCGGCCAUAUCGCUGCACUGACUGCGGCAAGAGCUUUGCAGAGAGCUCACACCUGAGAACACACCAGCGUGCACACACUCGAGAGCGGCCGCACCACUGUGCUGACUGCGGAAAGGGCUUUGCACAAUUUUCGCACCUGAAAAGACACCGGCGCACGCACACUGGGGAACUGCCAUACAGCUGUACUGACUGCGGCAAGGGUUUUGCCCAGAACUCAAGCUUGAGAAUGCACCAGCUCACACACACCGGGGAGCGGCUGCACUGCUGCACUGACUGCGGCAAGAGCUUUGCAGCGAGCUCAAGCUUGAGAAGUCACCAGCGCACGCACACCGGGGAGCGGCUGUAUCGCUGCACCGACUGUGGCAAGGGCUUUUCAACGAGCUCAAAGCUGAGAAGACACCAGCGCACACACACUGGGGAGCGGCCAUAUCGCUGCACCGACUGCGGCAAGAGCUUUGCGGAGAGCUCACACCUGAGAGCACACCAGCGCACGCACACUGGGGAGCGGCCGCACCACUGUGCUGACUGCGGCAAGGGCUUUCAUCGGAUCUCAACCCUGAGAAGGCACCAGGGCAUAGAUACCCGGAAGUGGCUGCACCGCUGCACCGACUGCGGUAAGUGUUUUGCACAGAGCUCACACCUGAGAAUACACCAGCGCAGGCACACCGGGGAGCGGCCACACCACUGCGCUGACUGUGGCAAGAGCUUUGCAGAGAGCGCAAACCUGAGAAGACACCAGCGCACGCACACCGGGGAGUGGCCGCUCCACUGCACCGACUGCGGCAAGGGCUUUGCCCACAGCUCAAACCUGAGAACACACCAGCGCACACACACAAGGGAGCGGCCGUACUGCUGCAACGACUGCGGCAAGAGUUUUGCAAAGAGCUCGACCCUGAAAACACACCAGCGCACACACACAGGGGAGCGGCCCUACCACUGUGAUGUUUGCAAGAAAAGCUUCAGCAAUGCCAGUACGCUGACCAAACAUCUUCGCACACACACACCGGGGAGCAGCUCUACCGCUGUGCCAACUGAGGUAAGAAGUUCAGCAGUGCCAACAAGCUGACCCACACGCACCGGGGAGCAGCUGUAAUGCUGGACUGACUGCGGAAAGGGCUUUGCACACAGCUCAGAUCUCUGAAUACAUCAGUGCACACACCGGGGAAUGGCCAUUCCAGUGCACUGUCUGUAGAAAGAGCUUUGUACAGAGCUAAUACCUGAGAAUACACCAGCGCAUUCACAGUGGGGAGCGGCUCUACAGGUGUGCUGACUGUGGCAAAUGCUUUGCUCACCUGUCCCCAGUUGACUCCCUAAUACCCCUCUGCCACCACCAGGGCCCGACGGGCUGCUGGCAGGCCUGGCACAGUGCCAGCAGAAUCAGACCAGGGGGUGGUCCUGUCCCCAUCAUGCCCAGCAGAGACUGUGUGGGGCAGGGAAUGGGACUUAACUAGCAGUGUGGGGAAGAACAGCCAGGUGGGGGGAUUUUAGAGUAGAUGGUCACAGCCUUCUCCAUUAGGAAAGGAGAUCCGUCUAGGAGGGAUCCAGCCAGGUCUAUCUCUAUCAAACUCCCCCCAACACAUAUAGCUGUGCGGCAGCCAGGACAAUCCUUCCCUACCCCUCCUCCAUCUAGAUGGGACUGAGUCAGGGACUUUCCCCCACAGCUACCUCCGUUUCAGCCAGCGGGUGACUCUUGGGUGACAUAUACAGGGAGGGAUUUGCAGUCCUGUCUCAGCAUGGAUUGAGCUGAGGGGCAGGACAGCUCAGUGCGUGAGAUUGAAAGAAGACUCAGGAACUGCUCAUGCCGUCUACUUUAAAUAGAAAUGCGAUACAGAACUAUGUACCUAAUGUGUAACAAAGGUCUGUCUAACCUGGUGUUUCUUUGCUAUUAAAGAAGCUGCUGCAUUCAGAAGCCAAUGUGAAGUGUAAAUCUUUAAGAUAAACCAGCCCAAAUGUACUAAGGCUUGACUGACCGUGAGGCCUGAUGAACUGUGUGACUGGCGGGUGCACACAGAGAGUUUUGCAUUACUCCUUGGGGAAUUCUAUGUCAAAAAAAAAUUCUGCACCCCAUAUUUUAAAAUUCUGCAUAUUUUAUUUGUCAAAAUAACACAAUAUAAUUGUGACAGGGCACCCCAUAAGGCUUUAUGGGGAUAUGCUUGUAAAUGUCUAUAUGACAUAACUGGAAUGUGUUUUAUGGUACAUGUGCCAUGUAUCAUAUCUCUGUAAAGGUUAUGAUCUAUUGAAUCUAUUCCUCCUAUUUAUAUGCAUGUGUCAUUUUUGUAGUUGAAGUUAUGAAUAUUGGCUGUGUACAUGCUUGAUUUCCGGGUAGCCUUGGUAAAAGUAUUUUGUCAGUUUUCUGAGAGAAGUUUAAUCCCAGUAAGUGCCCAAUCAAGAACCACUUAAGCCAACAGUGAUUUGGGAGACGCCAAUCCACUUCUGAGCUUUCCCAGGAAUGUGGUGUGACUGCUAAGGAACUCAGUCUUGCAGGGACAUGUGACUUGCCUGUUAGGAUAUAGAUAUUCAGGCCUGUCUGCAAAGGCCUGUACUUUAAGAAUUUAGGUGUAUUCUUAUCACUUGGCUAGUUCUAGAGGCAUAAAAGAAAGAAAGAAUCAAAAUCACUGUCUGGCAGUGUAAGGUCCUUCUCUUACUGUGACAGUCUGAGGCCCUGUUCUUAGGCGAAGGCCUUUGGCUAAGUGACAGAGGCAGCCAUAAGCUGGGAAGCGACUGGUCACAUCCUCACAUUCCAAACUAGUCACAUUGAAAUAAGGUGCUAUUGGGCUGUUAGGAAUACAAUCCUGUCUUGAUAGUGUCUAUCAGAGAAAGGAAAGUGCCUAGAAGAUGUAAAAGGAAAUUUAGGUUUUUAGUUUUCUGUCUGGUAAGAACUCACUUCCCAAUAGACACAGCUGGGAAAUUCUUAUGUCUUUAUAGAUGUAGUUGUGAAAUCCUCACUUCUGUAUUGUUUUGUCAUUAUAGUUCCCACUUUGCUAUUGUUUAUUGGCAUGGUCUCUGUCUGGUUCUGUGAUUGUUUCUGUCUGCUGUAUAAUUAAUUUUGCUGGGUGUAAACUAAUUAAGGUGGUGGGAUAUAAUUGGUUAGCUAAUCAUGUUACAAUGUGUUAGGAUUGGUUAGUUAAAUUUCAGUAGAAUGAUUGGUUGAGGUAUAGCUAAGAAUAUUACUAUAUAAAUUAGGGGCAAACAGGAAGUAAGUUGGGAUUCGAAAAUAAGGAAAAAGGAACUUAGAUUUAAGCUUGCUGGAAGUUCACCCCAAUAAACAUCUAAUUGUUUGCACCUUCGGACUUCGGGUAUUGUUGCUCUCUGUUCAUGCGAGAAGAACCAGGGAAGUGGGAGAGUGAAGAAAUAAGAUCUCUAACAUUGCCCAUGUGACUCCAAAACUCCAUCUUGGAGCUGGAUUCUACACAGGGGGAGGGAGGGAGGAUGUCCACCCACAAGAGAAAGUCUAUUUAAACCCCUGGGAGACCCCUCCAUUUUGUGUUCAGCUGGCUAAAGAGAGAGCCUCUCCACCCCCAAGGAUACCUGAAAGAAACUGGAACAAGGGACAAUAACUAUAGGGGGUGUGAGUGACUGCCAGACCCAAGCUAGAAGGAGUCCAGUCUGUACAAGGAAGCUUACAGGUAGGGUUUUUAUCUAUAUUCAGUUUUUAUCACUGUAUUAGAGAUGGAUUUGCAUGUUUUAUUUUAUUUUAUUUGGUAAUUCACUUUGUUCUGUCGGUUACUACUUGGAACCACUUAAAUCCUACUUUCUGUACUUAUUAAAAUCACUUUUUACUUCUUAAUUAA